CUGUGGCGCUGGAGAGCGGGAAAGGGACCCGCCGUGCAGAGGGACCUGGAUUUCCCCGGGGAGACGGGAGCGGCAUCAUGAAGCGGGGAGUGGGCCUGGGUGCAGCAGCCCCUGCAAGCGGGGGAAGAACCGGGAAAGUGCUACGCGCCCUGGAAUGUUAUGCACCUACAGUAUAUAUAUGUUUAUAUAUAUAUUAAAAAUCAAUUUUUAAAAACCCACGGAGGGUGCUUCUGAGCAUGGACAGAGAACGUGUUUCUUACACUGCUGUGUAGAAUUAAAAGGCCGUCUCUGAACAUGAGCAGAGUGCCUGUCUCUUAGUGAAGGGAGGUAUUUCUGCGCCUGGGAGGCAAGUGAGGAAACGACCCGUUUUAUCACUGAGCGUGCCUCUCCAGUAAAACAAUUUCAUUCAGUACCGCUAAACUCGGAAAUAUGGGAGUGAGUGCUUCUAGAACAUAGUCAUGUUUGGUCUGCACGUUAAGCAUUUUUGGCAGUGUGCCCCUGCGCAGAGGCCCAUUUUGAUCCCGUAGCUGUGAUGAUUUGGAGGAGAGACAACCUUAUUGCAAAGAGGAAUGGCGGUUUGUUAAAGUCUGAGUAGCAGAUCAUGUUUAUGGCUGGGAGGAUUAAGCAAAACAUGAAACCUGGGGCUCUCUGGAGUUGUGUUGAAAGAUGUACACAGUGACCUGCAUCUAAGGGAUAUAUUCUCAGUAUUGCCUACUGUGUGUUUUUCGCUGUCAGGUACUGGCUAGCACUGUGAAUUCUGUCUUACAAGUAUGUCUAAAAUUCAGAAAACUUUUUUAAAAAGUGUUAGUAUUGUGGGAUAGAGAAGCGAAAGAAAAUGUGUUUUCCACUCCCUGCUGGAAAUGGAUCAUUCAUUUUGCUUGUUCAGUAUUCUGUUUCAAUGGGUGUUAAGCCUACUAAGCUUGCGUGUCCUGCAAUUUCUUCUUUAUACAGAAACAAUGUUUUUCUUCUGUGCCAAUUCUAGGAGUUAUAUAGGUAACUGCACCUGUGUUUUCUGGGAAUGUUAUGUUUUUGAGUAAGAAAUUUUGUGACAAAAGCAGUGGUCACUAUGGUCAUAGUGAGCCCCUCUGGCCAAACUGAUGGCCUUCACUUAGAGCAGUUGCUACAGAUUGCCCCCAAGUCUACCCAUGUGCUUGUCCCAGCUGUCUGAAACGAUGCUGAAGGACUGAAGGGAAAGGAUGAGUUUUUGUGGUAUAACAAAUUGGAAUGCAUUUGAGUUAUAGAAUAUGCCCUUUUCAUCCUCAUACAUACAUACAUACAUACAUACAAAAGUGACUUAGAGGUUAAGUUUCUUCCUCCCUCCAAAACAGGUGUAGUGUAAUGUGGUCUGCAACCCACUUUGCCAAAACUGGUCCUUGGAAGGGCAGGUUUUGAUGACAGGACUGGAAGUAUGUCAUGUAUGUUCACAGUGAAAGGAUUUUGGUAACUGCCCACAAAGGUUUAUCUUUUGGUACAGAUGUCAUGUUUCAGUUUUUGGUUAAACAAUGAAUUAUAUAAUUAAUUAUAUAAUUAAUAUCCUUUAAGAGUCUAAUGAACACAUCUUCCUUUAUGAUGACGGGGCUGCUAAAUGAUCAGAAGAGCUCUCUGGGUUGUGACUUAGCAAAGUUUUACCUUCCGUGCUAAUUAUAGCUGGAGCUAUCCACUGUGUCACUCUUUUUUAAUGACUGAAGGAAGAAUUAUAGUGAGUGGAAGAUAGAGGACAUAUUUUUCAUAUAAUCGAGUUCCAAUUUAUCUUUUUCUGUAGAAGGAUAUUGUAAGAUUUUCCCACCCUCGUUGUUAGAUGAUUUUUCUUCUGUCUUUAAAAACUAUUUUUCAAAAGCAGCUCAGAAAACAGGAAAUAUAAAUAAAUAAAAAUUACAGUUUCACACAGCAAAAGCAACAGUAUAAAAAUCUAAUCAACAAAAAACCAACCAGUCCUAAAAAGCCUGACAAUAAAAACAAAUUCUAAAAGGCCAUCUAAAAAUGGGAGGGGAAUGGGCUUGUAGGAUUUCCCUAGGAAGAGAGCUGCACAGUCAUGUCACCACCAUCAAGAAAGACCUUUCUCUGCCCACCAAUCUGAAUUUUAACUAAUGACAGGAGGGCGUCUGGUGCUAACCUUGGGGCUCAGGGCAGGAAAGCCUCCACCUGGGUUGCACCUGGAUGUAGUCAAAGGAGACAAACUUAUUGAGAAACUGAUCAUUGAUGAAAAGAAAUACUAUCUCUUUGGAAGAAACCCUGACCUGUGCGACUUCACCAUUGAUCACCAGUCAUGCUCUCGGGUCCAUGCUGCCUUAGUCUACCACAAACAUCUUAAGAGGGUUUUUCUUAUAGACCUCAACAGCACACAUGGCACGUUUUUGGGUCAUAUUCGUUUGGAGCCUCAUAAGCCACAGCAGAUUCCCAUUGACUCUACGGUUUCAUUUGGUGCCUCCACGAGGGCCUAUACUCUGAGGGAAAAGCCUCAGACAUUGCCCUCUGCAGUAAAAGGCGACGAGAAGAUGACCAGUGAGGACGAUGAGCUCAAGGGUUUGCUUGGACUUCCAGAAGAGGAGACAGAAUUGGAUAACCUGACAGAAUUUAACACAGCCCAUAACAAGAGGAUCUCCACGUUAACUAUAGAAGAAGGAAACUUGGAUAUCCAGAGACCAAAAAGAAAACGAAAGAAUUCCAGAGUAACAUUCAGUGAUGACGACGAAAUCAUCAAUCCAGAGGAUGUGGACCCUUCUGUUGGACGCUUCAGAAACAUGAUACAGACUGCAGUUGUCCCAGUGAAGAAAAAGCGAAUGGACAACUCCGGUUCCCUGAGCGCGGAUGAGUCUGCCACACGGCGCAUGCAGAACUUUCCCUAUAGCGGAGGAUUGUAUGGCGGCUUGCCUCCCACUCACAACGAGACGGGUGCCCAGGCCCAUAGCAUUCACGGCACUGCGCUCAUUGGAGGCCUGCCAAUGCCCUAUCCUAAUCUUGCCCCGGAUGUGGACUUGACUCCGGUUGCACCCUCAACGGUCACCAUGAACCCAGCUCCAAACCCUGCUGUCUUUAAUCCCGAAGUUGUGAAUGAGCCCAAGAAGAAGAAGUAUGCAAAAGAAGCUUGGCCGGGCAAGAAGCCUACCCCUUCUCUCUUGAUCUGAGGAGCAGAGCUUUAUCUGUCCUGGGAGACAGGAGCACAACCAGCCAGAGUGGACAAAAAACUCUUCCAAGUGCAGCACCCACAGCUUUCAGAAUCGGGGUCCUAACUGUGUGUCAUAGCCAGGUUACAGGGGC